AUGGACGCGGCCAACCGCCAGGUGUCGGCUUCCAGUCUCGUGGAGAAGACGGAGGGCCGUAUGGCGCACCUGCACGUGGCGCUCGAGUUCGGCGAGGAGAUCACGGAGGAGCAGCUCCACGCGCCGUAUCUGAUGCCUGAGCUACUGGAUAGUGGUUCGUGCACAAUGGACAAGGUGCAUGACAGCGCAUGCAGCGACGUCGACUUUGCGUCAUCUGACGAGGAAGAAGCGGAAGACGUGCAGCCCACCCGACGUCGUGUGUUUCAGUUUGCAGCGUCAUUCAGCACGCUUGGGGCAGCAAAAGCUGGAAUUGACACAUUUGACGGUAGUGUCUACAAGUUCUCGUACAACUACGGUAAGAAAGGGCAUGGCGAACGGGUGUUCCAGUGCGUUUCUCACCGUGAGUGCGCAAAGUGGGUUCGAUUAGCUCAGGACGUCGAUGGCGGGUUCAAGAUGGAGCACGCAGAGGUUGGCGAUAUUCUACUUGGCUGUGGCCCGAAGAAGCGCCGCAAGAUUCUUCAAGAACGUUACGCCGAAGUGCCCGAGCUGAGCGAACUUCUACCAGACCCAGUCCAACUCAAGAACCACAAAACUCAUUUGAAGUCGGCACUCGCAGGUGGGUGGACCUUAGUGGAUUUCGGGACGUAUAUGACCCACUACGACCGCGACCAGUACAGCAAGGCGUUCGUUCCCUGGGCCUACAUGCUGGCGUUUGAUAGUCUAGACCGCACCUCUGGUAUUGCUAAUGCGUACCUAGAGAUCUGGCCCGAGAUCACCCUGCUCAACUGCUACCCCCAUUUCAGCGGAAAGACUCGAUCGAAGAAACAGUUCGGUGCUUUGGCCAAUAUCAUUUUAAGCUACUGGCGCUCGCAAGGUGAGAGCGAAUAUGCCGAUUGGAUGGGACAGUACUACAUGGGCAACUUGUGGGGCAACUGGUUCUAUACUGCGGCGAUUCCAGGGUUGACGCCAUCGCAGAACGCGCUCGAGUCGCAUCACAAGGACGAUAUCAAGAUCACAACAAUGCUUGAGACCCUACCUGUUCGCAAGAGCAGCGGAGGUCAGCGUAAGCAGAUAGGUUCCCUGGUGAAGGACAGCACCGACUCGCACCAGUUUUCUGUUGAUGUCCUGAUGCACGAUUUUCUCCGUCACCCUCUUCAUCCGGUGAGAUGGACUGUGAUGAAAGCGUUCCCUAUUUCCGAGAAGAUUAUGAAUGGACUGACCCACCACCUGCAGGGCAAGGAAACCUCUUGGAGAGAAUCUCGUGGCCGCUACUACUGGCUGCUCAAAUUUUCCGACCUGCGUCGACUUCAGCAUGGUCCCCCUGGAGAGUCCAGCAAACUCCGAACCGCGGAAGCGGUGGUAGCGAACAUCACGAUGGUGCCGCAGCAUGGUUCCCCCGGAGAGUCCAGCAAAACCCUGAGCCGCGGAAGCGCUGGUAGCGACAUCACGAUGGCCGUCUUCACCUUUGCAGCCAAGGAUCACCUCGUCACGAGAACCAACAUGGCUACGCCGGAGGAUGCUCGCGAGUUGCUGACCAUGAGCGAGUCGGACAGCAAUGAUCAGAGGUCGCAAACGCUGAAAACCGAUUCCGCGGCCGCGGCCAAAAACUAUCCGUACGGCUACGGCUGGCCGUUUGCGACCUCUGGCGAUGAUGUUGAUCUUGACGCGAAGAACGAACCGCAAGAGGAGGAGGAGAUGCAGUUGACUUCGGCAAGCGACGACGCCAGCGGUUCAUUUAAUAACCCAUUUGACUUCUUCAUAACUUUGUUCAACCUUACGCAAUCAGCGAGUGGCAGCGGCUCCGGCUUCUCCUUGACCAGUGAGGAGCUUGACAGUAUGCGGGAGGUCAUCGGGAAGACCAAAGACCUGCAGAAAAUGAAGAAGAAAAAGACCGGUGCUCUCCGCAUCGGGGUUGACGACGAUGACACUGAGUGA